AUGGACACGUACCUCAAGCAACUUGUGCACGAGCUUCACAAUGCCGGCCAGCAAGGGGAUCAUGAGCAUGUUAUUCGCCAAUCGACUCUCGCAUUGGACAUGGUCGACUUUCAGUUGUCAAUGUUGGACAUUCGAGCACGAUCGUGGUGCGCGUGUGCAAAGGUUGAGAACGCUUUAGAGGAUGCACGUCAUAUGCACCAACUCGCUCCCUUAUCACCUCGUGGAUACUAUCGUCAAGGAAGGAUCCAUGCACAGUAUGGUUAUCAUUCAAAGGCGUUGGCGAUAUACAAGAAGGCGGAGAGCUUGGCAGCAGCAGCAGACGAUGACGAUGGCUUGCGUGAUGAGGUUGAUAAUGCUAUCAAGGAAUCGACACAGCAACUAAAAAAGAAGAUUGACAUGAUUCACAAGUUACCCUUGGAUGUUGUACUACGCAUCGCUCCCAUGGUGUUUGGAGAAGACUUUGACCACAAUCAUCAUGCAUGUUUGGAUGUAUCAAUGGUAUGGCGUGAACGUCUUUUGCAGUAUGGACACCUUGCUUAUGGCUUCGACGCACAAGAACCUGCCAGCAACGUGAUGACUUCUCCUUAUGAUGUAUUAUGGAAUGGACACAAUCAGAUUAUUCAACUUUCACACUACGUUGAAUCAUUAUGCAUCAAAGGCAACAAGGUGCCAUUCUACUUUCUUUUGGAUUGUGCUCAUUUUGAUAGCCUCAAAACGUUACAGUUACAAGAUGAAUCAUUGUUCGGGGAACAAGAAAUAGGCUAUGCAACUUUAAGGGAGAUAAACAGUACAUUGAGACACCUGGAGCUUUGCCUUGCAUUUCAAUCUGAUGAUGAUCGUGAUCCAUCCGUCUUUUUGGAGCGCGUACUCGGUGCUUGCAGCAACCUUGUUUCACUAAAAACCAAUUACGUCUUUUAUCACAAUGUUCAUCUUUCGACAUACCCAACAUUACGACGAUUCGAAUUCAGUCCUCCUGGUCUCUCCUUUAACACCAUCGAUUACAAAAAAUUGUUGCUUGCUUUUCCAUGCUUGGAGCAUUUUUCUGUUCGAUUAAUCAAGGACUCCACGCUGUUGACGCAUAUCGACACCACCUGCCCUUAUCUCCAAUCCAUUGUGGUACGACACCAAGACACACUUGAGCAUCUUUCAAUCAACUUGCAGACCGAUAUGGAUCCUAGCCACCUUGAGGAAAUGACAAAACAUCAAAUGCAAUUUUGUCGGCUAGCACACGUUUAUUUUGGUAUCACUAAAGCACCUGGAUGGUCAAGGCAGGCGGUCAAUGAGGGAUUGGUCAAGGAUGCAUGUGAAUUUUUCGGCAAUGUACUUCAAGGGAGCCCCAAUAUUCAGACAUUACGCUUAAGUGGAGAUGCUCUGGGUCCUUCAGUACUUCAUCCCUCUUUAGGCCGACUACAACACAUACGCAGCUUUAUGAUUGGAACCUGCUUUUAUGAUUAUGAUGAGGGGGUGACCACAGGUUUACCGACAAGGAGUGUUAAUGCAUUGCAGCAAGUAUUGAAUGAACAUGUUGAUCACCGUACAGCAAGCAGUUUUCCACCACGCGACACAUUGAAGGAACUCAAACUUAUAUCUCAUCGAAUCCAUAUGCCAUUGCUUGACUCCAUCGCACGUUUGCAUUCCUUGAACAAGUUGUCGAUCCAUGUUGGAGACGAUUUCCUUAGUGGGAGGAUCCCUUUCAUUGAAGACCUUUUCAAACAAUGUCCAGCGUUAUCCGAUCUCACAAUUAAGGCAUCAAUCAUUAGCGGUUCUCUCAUUUGUGCUUUGUCCAAUGACCACCAACUCGAACAUCUCACUCUUCAUGCAAGCGAGCAAUUGAAUGAUGCGGCUUUGUUAGGCCUGGCUACUUGCAACAGGCUAAAGACACUUGUAGUCCCUCUUUCAGUUGGCAAUUAUACAGUUGACUCUUUGAAGAAUGCAAUACCCGGACUUGAAAUAAAUAGCCGAUAG